ACAAGUUGGGGUUGUAAACAAAAAAGUUGUAAUGAGUGACGAAAGAGAUACAGUCUUUGUAAUUAUAAACAAUAUACCCCGUGAUUAUCGUUCCUCAGAUCUCAGAAACUUCUUCUCCCAGUUUAUAGAGACCAAGGGAUUCAAAUGUUUCCACUUCAGACAUCGACCAGAGGUUCAACUGAAGAAACGUCACAUAGACGAUGGGGUCGUCGAUAAAGAUGAAACCCAAAGCAAAUCAUCUAAUACGUGUUGUUGUGUUGCUAGAGUGUAUACAGAUAGAUGUGAUGAACUUUUGAAGAUGUACCACAGAAAACAUUGGCUAGACAGCAAUGGAGAAUCGAUUUCCAAAGUGUGUCAUAUUUCUAAAGCCAAAAUUCAACAGUCAGGAGAUAUGUCUUCAAAGUACAAGACAAGAGGAGAGCUGAAACAGAUACCCAGUGACAGGGAAACUUUCACAGAAGCAGAUUUAAUGAAACUUCCAGAGCUACAUCCCCCUGCUGCAAUGCCAAAUGGAAAUGUGGGAACUCCAACAUCUAUUUUCAUGGAAGCCAUUAGACAGUGUAAACUUCCUCCCAUUGUUAUAAAGAAAUUAGGACUGAAGUUUCCCAAAACCAGAGUAAACAACAGAUAUGGAAAUGUUUCUUUUGAUUAUGGGGGUGAGAAAGAGGAGCCAAAAUACGAAGAAUCCGGCGAGGAAGCUGUGUUAUCUGGUUGUGGACAUAAACUUGUGAGUGAGGAAGACUUUGAAGAAAAAACUGACAGGUCAGAUGAACAAAGUCAAAAGGUAUACAAAAGAGUAACCAGAAAAGACCCAGAAACAAAGAAGAGAAUGGAGAUGAACAUUGAAGAGGAUAUGAUCCACAAGGAAGACAAUGAUUCUGAGCAUGAUGAUGACAGUUGUGAGGAAUGGGAGCGACAUGAAGCACUGACAGACGACCCAACAAACCAGGAGAGAAACAAGGACCGGCUGUUUGAGGAGGAGAUAGAGCUGAAGUGGGAGAAGGGGGGCAGUGGACUGGUCUUCUACACCGAUGCCCAGUACUGGCAGGAGCAGGAAGGGGACUUUGAUGAACAAACAACCGAUGACUGGGAUGUGGACAUGAGUGUGUAUUAUGAAGACGGAGCGGGGGAUAAGGAUGCCAGAGAUCAUGUGACCAUGAGGCAAGAAAAACGUAGGAGGGAUGGUGAAGAGGCCACAGACAGGUUCACCGUGGGAAUAGGGAGAAAAAGAAAACUCAGGGUUCCAAAGGAAGAUCACAAAAUAGGAAGAUUUGAAUCCCACACUAAAGGAGUAGGAAGGAAGAUCCUAGAAAAGCAAGGCUGGCAGGAAGGAGAGGGAUUAGGAUCCUCUGUAAAAGGGAUUGCAGAAGCAUUGGAAAAUGAUGGACAAAAUCCCAAAGACAGAAAAGGAUUUGGAUACAGAGGUGAGAAACUUGUCAGGCCAACAGGAAAAUCUCAGCGAGCCGACAGAGAAGUGAUAAUUUCUACUGUGUAUGAUGAUCACUCCAAAACCGACCCUCAGAAUCCACUGCUGAGAAGAGGACACCAUUAUCACAUCAAGUAUAGGGACAAAGUGGACUUCACCAAACCACAGGAAAGUCAGGGAUAUAUUGACAACUGAAGACAGGGAUUGACAACUUAAGACAGAGCUAUACUGACAACUGAAGGCAGGGCUAUAUUGACAACUGAAGGCAGGGCUAUAUUGACAAAGGGUACCAUUAUCACAUCAUAUAUGGACAAAGUGGACUUGACACCAAACCACAGGAAUGUCAGGGUUAUAGUGACAACUGAAGUCAGGGCUAUAUUGAAAACUGAGACCAGGGCUAUACAAAUGUAAACUAUGUAAACAGAAGACAGCACUUUACUGACAACCAGAGUUGGGGCUAUUUUGACCGCUUAAGUAAAUGCCUUAUAGUGUACAUACCCACUACAUGUUCCGGUACCAGGACAACUGCAGAGACUGGGCUAUAUUUGAAGCCAAAACAUACUGACGUCCAAAUGAAUCCAAGAUGAAAAUGAAAACUUUAUUAUAAGUGAAAACUGGAGUUACUCUUAUUAUUGUUGUGAACAGGGAAAAAAGAUGGAGACCUAUAUAUAAUGGCAUAAUUUUUUGACUACGAUAUGUUGCCAAACUCGUGAAUUUUUAUGAAAAAAGAACUUACACGUUUUUAUUAAAAUGAUUUAUUAUCUGUGGAAGAGCAUUAUUUCCAAAACAAGAUGUGCUGCAAACCAAGAAGAAAAUUGUACAUGUAUUUAUUUACUUGAUUACUAGUAUCCAAAUAAAAUUUUGAGUAAGUUUGUAAGGAACCAAGACCAAACCCCAAAGAGUUAUUUUUUUUUUUUUAUUUCAUCACAUACUUGAUAUGUUC